AGGAAUCUGACUGACACACAGGACUGGCCGGCGCGUCAUUCAGUGAGGGGAAAUACUCGUGGAUCCAGCGGCUCACAGCAGAAGUAUCCAGCCUUCAUUUCAGCUUGACCAGAGACUGUUAUCGGCAGUGAAAACAGGACGUUACCAUGAUGGCAGUCCUGGGCAGCGCCGGUCGCUUGAUCCAAUUUGCCAGGAGCAGCGUCAGUCUGAGUAUGAGGAGACGCUCCACUGCUGCGGCAUUAGCCCAGACUGCAACUCCAGAGACACAGGAGAACAGGAAACCUAAGACAGGCAUCUUGAUGCUGAACAUGGGAGGACCCGAGAAACUUGAGGAUGUGCAUGACUUCCUGCUGCGGCUCUUCAUGGACACAGACCUGAUGAAACUCCCUGUGCAGAAUAAGCUCGGUCCGUUCAUCGCCAAGCGUCGCACGCCUAAGAUCCAGGAGCAGUACAGUAAGAUCGGAGGAGGCUCGCCCAUCAAACGCUGGACUUCUAUGCAGGGAGAGGGCAUGGUGAAGCUGCUAGACGAGAUGAGUCCCGACACAGCUCCGCACAAGUUCUACAUCGGUUUCCGGUACGUUCACCCGCUGACGGAGACGGCCAUCGAGGAGAUGGAGAAAGACGGGGUGGAGAGAGCUGUGGCCUUCACACAGUAUCCUCAAUACAGCUGCUCCACCACAGGCAGCAGUCUGAACGCCAUUUACCGUUACUACAGCAACAGAGGUGACAGGCCAAAAAUGCGCUGGAGUGUCAUCGACCGUUGGCCCACACACCCACUGCUGGUGGAGUGUUUUGCAGAACACGUCAGUAAUGAGUUGCUGAAGUUUCCAGAAGCGAAGAGAGACGACGUCGUCAUUCUGUUCUCAGCACAUUCACUCCCUCUGUCUGUUGUAAACAGAGGUGACCCGUAUCCUCAGGAAGUGGGAGCCACAGUUCAAAGAGUCAUGGAGAGACUGGGACACUGUAACCCAUACAGACUGGUGUGGCAGUCCAGGGUGGGCCCCAUGCCAUGGCUAGGCCCUCAGACGGACGAGGUGAUUAAAGGUCUGUGUGAACGAGGGAAGAAGAACAUCCUGCUGGUGCCCAUCGCCUUCACCUCUGACCACAUAGAGACUCUACAUGAACUGGACAUUGAAUACGGACAGGUGCUGGGGGAGGAGUGCGGUGUGGAGAACAUCAGGAGAGCAGAGUCACUGAAUGGAAAUCCUCUCUUCAUGAAGGCUCUGGCAGACCUGGUCCAGUCCCACCUGAAGUCCAACAAGCCGUGUUCCCGCCAGCUGACCCUGCGCUGCCCGCUGUGUACAAACCCCACCUGCGGAGAGACCAAGGCCUUCUUUGCCAACCAGAAACUCUCAUAGAAACACACCACAAACACACACACACACACACACACACACACACACACACACACACACUCUGAUGCCUCUCCUGCUGCGGGGCUACCUGUGAAGAAACAUAAGGCCUUCUUCAAUACACAGACGCUUCAUACAUACACAUGAACACACGCAGUUUCCCCAGCAAGUGUCAGUUCACAUGGAAAAUUUAACAUGAAGAACAGAGCAAAUGGUUUCUGCAAAUACAUUCUGUUGGUUUUGGUCUUUUCGUGGGAUUUGUUGACAUCAAGAAAAAUACUGAACAUCACCAGAUUUAUUGUUUAAAUGGGGCAAAGUCAACUCAAAAUAUUGAACCCAGAUUCAUUUUGAAGAAUGUCAAAAGAUGCUGCAUGAUUUUGAAAUGUGCACUUCGCAUCAGUAAAGCACAAAUAGCUCAUUAGAUUUUAAAUGAACUUGCUGGAAGUAAUAUAAACACUCUGCGAGGAUUUGCAGAUUCUAUUUGAUGAAAGUCUGUGUCGAUGAAAGAACUGACACUCUGCAGAAACUGCUCACAACACAUCAAAGCUACAGGAAAAAAGCCUUGCACUAGUUUAUUCGUUUUUUUGUGUUUUUUUAUUACAUUUCCCUUGCUUACAUUCCAUUCACUUAGCCCCUGCAAACCUCCACCAGAGACCCCGUUUCUCUUCUCGCUAGUGUCGAAUGAAUUAACAGUCGAACACGACGACGACACCGCACACAAGGGCUCUGGUUGGGCGGCUGGUUGUCUCCCCCGUCUUCUCACCUUUCGCUUCACGCCAUUGGCCCUCCAGCUCGUAACCCCACCCACCCUGCUGCAAUCCCUGCAAUGUGAUUGGAGGAGGUUGAUGCUGCUCAAAAUGCUGCUGCCUGACAGGUGGAUACCAGUGAGUUUAAGAGAGAAAAGAGUGAUUUCAAUAUUUCAAUUCAGAUUAAGCUUUUGCUGUUUAAUUCACUACACGAAGAUUUAAUAAUGUGAAUUAUAUUACUCCUCAAUCUAUGUUGGUGCUGAACGGAGCUAAUGUUUAAAAAGAGACACUGCAUGAUUUCUACAAUAAACCAGAAUGUCGUACAGCGGAGAUUUAAAAAAAGAAAAAUUAAGCGUAAGGGGUCGGAAACUCUCAGGGUGUCAUGAAAAAAUGUCAGGGUAUUUUGAGAUGGUUUACAAGCGAGGAGAAUUACAUUAUUACUAUACAAAUUCAUUAACAUGUUUUAUUUUUAUACUGUUUUCUCUUUUUUUCUCUUCUCUGCUGAAAUGGGGCAGUUGUCACUUCAUUUUAAGUAUUCACCUGCCUGUUCCUCAUUUUGAGAGAAACUGGCUCAGUAAAUCGAUAUUAACAAAGUGGAUUGAAGACAAAGUAAAUUAGGUGUUAAAUUAAAACCGAUGAAGUUAUGUUUUUUGUUUUAGUUACUUAAAGUGCAGGGGAACGGAAAAUCCACACACACAACGCAUGCAUCAGAGAGUGCAACACAUUAUUAAAAUAAUACAAACGUAGUGAACAGUGCUGGAGCCUCUGUACGCUCCUACACAACAGAAAUGUACCGUUGUACCGUAGUUUCAGAAGAAGGAAGUUCAGUCAUUUUUACAGAAAUGAUAUCCAUCAGGCCCCUGAUGGGAGAAAACACAUGGGAGAAAAUGUUACAGCUUUUGAUUUCCAUAUUAAUGCUACAGUCCUUGUUGAUGUUUAAGUUAUUAAUCUGUUAAACAAAAGAAUUUAAUUUAUCAGAGCUUUCUGCCACAUCUCCAAUUUCCGAGUCGAACACAACACAAACAGUCCGACGGGCCCUUCCAAAUGUUGAGUGACGCAAAGGUGACGACGGCUAACGCUCUGAGCUUGUUGAAAAAGGGAAAACGCAGCUUUGUAUCAAUACAUGCAAACAGUCUGUAGCGCUCCAUGGCAGUUGAUAGCAUGUUAGUUAAAGUCAUGUGGAGCCUCAAAGCUAAUUAUGUGCAGAUGCUACUUUUCAUUACUGAUCUUCAUUGAUUGAUCGAUAGCGAAAUGAUUUUGGAACAAAUUUAGCAUUUAGCCAACGGUGCUUUUUCUAUCGAUAAGACAAAAUGUUUUUACCAUCAGUUUAUAGAACACCUCACAUCCAGGCAGGUGUGACAGGAGCAGAAAAUAGUAACUAAUGAGGGAAAAGCAUAAAGGAGCAUUACAAUGACUACGCUAUGACAAACUACAAUGAUGCUGGAGUUGUCCCUUAAUGCAGUACGUAUACUUUUAAAAACUACAAUGUAGAGAAGUAGCUCAGAUGUGUCAAAAACUUAAAUACGUGGAGUGUUGGAUAAGAGCUUAGUUUCCGUGUUGAUAGACUGUGACCUCAGCCUAAGCCUCAACACAGUUUCUUUGUCCACUCACACCUCCUUGAUCACAGUGCAACUAACUGAAAAACCUAAUUCACUUCAGCCAGUAGGUUGACAUACAGAAUGCUGCAUUUUCUUUCACCAGUGGUUACUGCAGCUACAGAAAAUAUCUUCAAGGUUGCUGGUUCGGUUCCACCUGCCCUCGUGUUCGCUUGGGAUGAGACGCCCUAAUAACGUGUGAAUGUCAAAGUCAAACCUUACAUUACAUUUUAUGGGCAGUAACUUGACCUCUGACCCUGUUCCCCCUCUACUGUUUUUGUUCUGUUAUGCCAUAACAAUGUGCCUUUUACACUGGCUAACUAGAAAUACUGGACUUGUGCUUUAUGUAAAUUUUAUAUGUGCUUAACCAAAAUGCUGAUAGGAAAAAUCAACCCUGAAAUCUGACUUUGCAUGUUCCUGCUGUGACAUGGGCCACUGACAGCUCUCUCCUUGGGUUUCAAUUCAGAGAAAAAGAUCCUGACUGAGAUGUUUUAUACGGAAGCGGAGAAAGGCCAUACUCGCAAAUGUUAUUUUAUCCCGUUAUCUCCAGAUAACAGAGCUUUGUUUUCUCGAGACAACGGGAUGAUUAUUCCAGUAUCUCGAGAUAACGAGAUAAUUAUUCCAUUAUUUCGAUAAUGGAAUCUCAGAAUAAUUAAAUAAUUAUCCCUUUAUCUCGAGAUAACAGGAUUAUCUUGAGAUAACGGAAUAAUCAUGCCGAUAAUAAUUCAGAUAAUCCCAUUAUUUUGAGAUAAUGGUUUAACCCUGGAUAAUUAUUACAUUAUCUGCAGAUAACGAGCUUGUCUUGAGAUAACAGGGUAAUUAUCUCGUUAAAACAAAGCUCUGUUAUCUCGAUAACGGGAUAAAAAAAUAUUUGCAAGUUUGGCCUUUCUUGGCUUCCGUAGUUUUUUUUUUAUUCAAGAUUGCGGUAAUUUAAAUUGACAAAUUUAGCUAUUGUUCUAAUCUGCUAACGAGAGAGAGGUGGGCUAGUGAGCUGCCUGGCUUCUCAGCCACUCACUGUUUAAUUCUUCUGUUUCAACCAGACUCAUUGUGGCUCACGGCUUCUGUAAACUGACAGUCUGCACACCACAACUCUGUUGAUGGAAAGAAAGAUUUCUCACAUCUACAGAUCUUCCACUUGAUGAAAGGAACUAACAAAGUGUCCGCACAUUUUACAUCACUGGCAGUGGCAUCUAAAACAAAUAUCAAUAUUAAACUAAUAUAGUAAACGAGCUAAUUAACUCAGUGGCUGUACACUGUUUGUUUGUAGCUGGUGUCACUUGUUUCUGAACAGCUACAAAUAUGUAACAUGACAAAAUGAGCUAAUUAACAAUGUGCUGUGACUACAAGGCUAAAAAUGGAGGUAACCAUUUUGGGUCAAUGUGCAAACACUCUCAAGUCAGAAUAUUGGCAGGUUUUCUUCUGCAUAACAAUGAACAUGACUUCAUCACGUCACAUGCUGUGACUUUGCUAGUUAGCUUAUUGACUCGCGUGCUGUACUGCUCUCUCAACGGCUAGUUAGCUCACUAGCUAACUUGUGCAAUUGGCAACAAACUGUGCUACUUAGUUAAUUGGAUCUAUUGGAUCUUCUCAUUAUGUCACUGUCCAAUCACGCUGAACUUUGUUGAUAGUCUGAGCUUGAAAUGAUCACUCAAAAAAGAAAAAUGGGACUCUCAGACCGAUAAUAUCUCUCAUUUGACCACUUACUGUCAGUGGAGCUGCUUGAACACAUUUGAGACCCCGUCUGCGUUUCGCUUUGGGAGGAGCUUGUCGCACUCUGCCUUUUUCCAGUCAGCAUAGUAUACAUAAUACCAUCUACCACAUAAUGGCUGGACAUUGGUGCUUUUGGACAUGGUUGCCACUAAUUACCAACAACAAGACGCCAUGUUGGAAGACAGAUGUUAAAAUUUGUGAAGACUGAAGUCUUUUUCUCUUCAUUUGUAGCUUCAUUCGCCUCCUACCAGCACAUCUGAAAAAUCCAGUUUGACAUUUUAGCAGUCCUCCAACAUGGCUGCGUGUUGUGCCCAUUGGUAGUCUCCAACAAUGCUUGCAUAAGUUGUACAGCUGUUUUGGUUGGUACAUUUUUUCUGCUUCCACUGUGUAUGCAUACCGAUAUGCACUUUACAACACAUCUCAUUCAGUACAAACACUUUCGGUGCUCUUCCACAGGUUCCAAAGGGAUGGUUUGGUUUUUGAGGAAUACUUAACCAAGGGUUUGACAAACUCAGGGUCUCCUUUGUUUAAUAUCUCAUGUCGCAUGCAUAACUGAAGGCAGGAUAAAUAGUGACAUUAGCAACACUCAGCUCAUUGGGUUCAAGUGGCAGCUUUAAGGAUUUCUCUGCUCGCUGAUCCCACAGACAUUCAGCAAAUGAGCUUAGCUAGUCUCGAUGUUCUACAUUACCUUCAAACUGCAAAUCGAUAAGUGAAAAAUUCUCUAAAAACCAAAUUAUCACUUUAAUACAACUCUGAAACCUGGAAAAAGUCCAAUUUGUGCAGAAAUGGCAAAGAUUUAAUGCCACAGCAGAAGGACAUGCUCAUGUCUGUGAUGGCUGGGUUUUUCCUCAACAAACAUGUUUUUUGUUUUUUUUUUCAAUUAUCCUCUAUGUGUCAGUUUAUGACAAGACUGUUGUUUUAAAAACUGUUUUGCUCUGUGUGUGUGUGUGUUUAGCUCAAAGUGCAUUGUGCAGCACUUGAGUUGUGUGUGUAUAUAUAACAAAAAACGCUACAGCUUUCCUGCAGCUCCAGCGUAUUUGAAGUAAUUUGAAUUUAUUUAUUUUUGUUUUUUUGACGUGUUCCACAUCACACAAACCAUCCGUCUCCACUCUUCAAUCAUGGUUUUUUUUAAUAUUUGAGAUGAUAUUAACACACGAUUACACCCAAUGACGAGUCUUCCUUUAAAAUAAAAUACAGUUUGAAAAG